AUGACCCGCGUAGAGACAGUCGACCUGGCCACCACCACAGCGGCCUACUAUGCGCCGGCCACAAUCACCUCAGCAAACAGCCAAGUCAUCCAUGUGGCUGGGCAAGCUGAAAUGACAAAAGAUGAGACCGUACCCGCAGACUACGAGUCACAAGUCCACCUGGCACUUCUGAACCUUCGCAAGAUCCUUAUCCUUUCAGGAGCCUCGGUCAAAGAUAUUCUCAAGCUUACCCUCUACAUCGUCAACUACAACUCAGCAUCCCGGGUGCAUACUCGCCAUCUCAAACGGUUUCUGGCAGGCCACCGUCCAGCCAUUACACUCGUUCCUGUUGCGCGGCUGGCUGCGCCAGCUUGGCUAUUCGAGGUAGAUGCUGUCGCCGUGCGCCCGGCUUCUGCGGUGCCAAGGUCCUUGACGGGGACUGCAAAUAUGGGGAAACUGGAUGUGCAGUGCUGCGUCCGAGCUUCAACGAGCAGGGUUAUCAGCAGGGUCUAUGCGCUGGCUAAGAGAUUCGGCGUCGAGAUUUUGGAGCAGAAUACAACCGGACUGUGCGUGCUACAAGACGUCGACGGAGACUGUUCAACAUUCGAAUACGGGGAACUGCCAAAGGUAUUUGUUCUUUCAUCGAGCAGCGAGAGAUAUCGCCCGGAUCCGCGAUAUGGUCGAAGCAGACUGCCACUCUCGAUCCAGUUCGUCCUCGAAACACAGAGUGGGAUCCCGAUGACUUUUGAGGCCUAUCUUUGGUCCCGCAGUGCUGGCAAGGAGACUCUCGCGACGUCCGCUGUCUGGAUCCGUGCCAUGCUGGGGCAGGAUCUACGCGACAUCUCUGCUCUCUGGUUCAUUGCAUACUGCAAAGCUGGCGGUGGUUUACUCCAGAUGCGAUCUGACAGAAAGGGUGGAGGACAACACCUUCGAAUCCGGCAGGGAAUGCAGAUGAUUUCCAAAUCCUGUCCUCAAGAUGAUGGACUUCUCCCCCAAGCUCCCCGCGCUGAAGCAGCUGUGGGCCGAGUCCUCCAAUUACGGCUACUACACAAAGCCAUGAUGAUUUUCCGCACUCCAUUCUGGGUAGAGAAGGGCUACUGCGGUCUUAUCCAGUCCUUCGCCAGCCCGGCGUCUGUGAUACGCCACACCAGCAGUCUCCCAGACAAGAAAUAUAUCCUCACGUGCUUCAUGGCCUCUGAUUUGGGCCGUGCCUGGGCUGCACUGCCUACGGAUGGUCGCAAAGCAGCACUCAUUAAACAAAUCGGGAAACUGUUUGACGCCAAAACCGAAGCCGCUGGUCAUUUGGUAGACCUGGUGAUUUACGAAUGGGUGAAUGACCCGUACUCUGGAUGGGGAUGUCCCUGUAUUGCGCUGACCCCUGGGGUGAUGGAUGCUGUCGGAGAGACCAUUCGAGAGCCAGCAGGGAAUUUGCAUUUCGCUGGGACCGAGGCGGCGGUUAGGUGGAGGGGAUAUAUGGAAGGAGCUAUAGAGAGUGGUGAGCGGGCAGCGGCAGAGGUGAUACAGAAGCUAAACGCUGCCUCUGCGCGGUUAUAG